CUCAACACAUCUAAAUACAAAAUGACGCGCACCAAGAAGAGCGCCUACAAGCCAGGAGCCAAGGAGAGAGCAGACAAAGCCGCAGCUGCGAACCCUCAAUCUUACAAUGCUCCCACAACGACAGAAGGAGGCAUUCCGCAAUGGAAGCUCGGCAAGCCGAAAGACUUCUACGAUAGAUUCGUCAGCAAACGCCAGCCUGCCGUAAUCCAGGGCAAACUCGAAGACCUUGAGUUCGUCACCAAGAACUGGUCUAAGGUCGACUACCUGCGCGAAACAGCUGGAGAUGCACCCGUCAAGGUCGAGCCUAUGCACAAGGAGAAGAAGCGCUACGGAACCGACGUCGAGCGCGUUGACACGACAUUUGGCGCCUUCCUCGAUUCCCUGAAGGAAGAGAAGGACGAAUACGACUAUCUCACGACCCAAUACUCCGACGAUGAAGACGACUUGGACGACGAUGAUGAGGACGACGAGGAUUAUGAUAAAGAGAAGGAAGACCAACACAACGAGAUCGCGAGUGGUACAUUUCCUCAACCCAUCCGCGCUCUCUUGACCAAGGAAGUCCCCAUGCGCCCCGAGGUCAUGGGCAACCUUGUGCUCCAACAGAUGAACAUUUGGCUUGGAAAGAGCAAGGCCGGCACGAGCUCAGGCCUGCACCACGACUUCCACGACAACCUCUACGUCUUGCUCAAGGGUCGCAAACGAUUCGUUUUAUACCCACCUUCCGCCGUCCACCAUCUCGACACCUACGGCAAGGUCAAGAAGAUCCACACGAACGGCUUGAUUGCCUACAAGCAGCCUGGAGAGGACGAGGAGGAUGACGACGACGAGGAAGCGAAUGAAGCCGACCAAAUCAGAGCUGAUGGUCUUGUCGAGAGAGAUGCCGCUGCUCUGAAAGUUCAGGCCUUGGAAGAGAAAAUGGACAAAUUCGAAGCGACUGGAAAGACAAAGGGCCUUGAUAAGGUCCAGAAAGAGUAUGGCGAGGCUGUUGAGCGUCUUAUGAAGUACCAGACCGCCGACUUUGGCGAACUCGGCGAAGACGACUUUGACGAAGCUGACGGAGAGUUGGACGGAAGAGACACCAAGACCGCAAAGGCUGGUGCAGAAGACGACCAAGACUCGGAUGCCAACGACGACGACUCGGACGCCGAUCUCCUCGAAGCGCUUGAAAAGGCCCAGAACGGCCAACUCGACGACCUCGGCGAUGAUGAGGAUGCAUCAGACCUCGACCUGAUGGAAGCUCUUGAGAAUGCACAAGGCGAAGACGGUCCAUCCGAGCCCCUCUCAUUCUCUCAAGUCUCGACACAAGAAUUGCAUUCGCAUCUCGGUCUCACCUCGCCCCAGAAGACCUCUGACGCUCUCGAGAAGGCAGGGAAGCCCUACAUUGUAGACCUCAAGGCUGGUGACAUGUUGUACCUGCCCACCAGUUGGUUCCACGAGGUCACUUCGUUCAGCGAUGAGAGUGACGACAACUUGCACAUUGCUCUCAACUACUGGUUCCAUCCUCCGGAUGCAGCUUUGACAAAAUUCGAACACCCAUACUCGGAUAUCACCUUGUGGAAGUUUAUGGAAGAGAAGGUGAAGAGCGCAUACCACAGUCUGGUCGAGAAUGAGGACGAUGACGAGGAGGAGUAA